UAAUCUACCGUCAACCCAGAUGAUAGAUCUAUCUAACAUCUUCUCAUUUUUGUAAUCGCUCGCAGCAUCAUCACUUUGGUCUGCUCUCAUAUACUCCCCUUUCUUUUUGCAUAUCUUAUCCCGAUUCUCCUCCGUCACCAUGGCCUCCGAACCUCCCACCAAGAAGAAGUGCCUAGGCUGCGAUAACGAGGCUGGAGCGCUGCAGUGCCCGACAUGCUUGAAGCUCGACAUCAAGGACAGCUUCUUCUGUGGCCAGGACUGCUUCAAGAGAAACUGGAGCGAACACAAGAAAAUGCACAAGACACAAAUCACCGGUUACUACAAUCCUUUCCCGAGCUUCCCCUUCGCCGGCCCGCUGCGCCCCGUCUACCCUCUGUCCGAGCAUCGCACACUUCCCAAGUCGAUUCCUCAUCCCACUUGGUGGCAAGACGGCGACCCCAAGUACAGCCGGUCACUGAUCAACCGCAACAAGAUCGAUGUCCUCGAUGCAAAGGGUAUUGCUGCGAUGCGCAAGGUUUGCAGGCUAGCACGCGAAGUCCUCGACCUUGCUGCUGCCGCAGCCAAGCCCGGCGUCACGACCGACUUCAUCGAUGAGCUUGUCCACAAGGCUUGCAUAGAGCGCGAGUCGUACCCUUCACCCCUGAACUACAACCACUUCCCCAAAUCAUGUUGUACUUCCGUCAAUGAAGUUAUCUGCCACGGUAUCCCCGACCAGCGCAUUCUCCUCGACGGUGAUAUCCUUAACAUCGACAUCAGCUUGUACCAUGGUGGAUACCACGCCGAUCUUAACGAGACAUACUACAUUGGUGACAGAGCCAAGGCCGAUCCCGACAGCGUAAGAGUAGUGGAGGCGGCACGUGAGUCUCUCGACGAGGCCAUCAAAGCUGUCAAGCCGGGUGUCCUGAUUCGAGAGUUUGGAAACAUUAUCGAGAAGGUUGCAAAGCAAAAGGACUGCAGCGUAAUUAGAACGUACUGCGGCCAUGGCGUCGGAAAGCUCUUCCACAGCCCGCCCAACGUCCCGCAUUAUGCCAAGAAUAAGGCGGUUGGCGAGUGCAAGGUUGGAAUGACCUUUACCAUUGAGCCUAUGAUUGCUCUGGGCAAGUACAGGGACAUUACAUGGCCCGAUAACUGGACUAGCACAACCAUUGACGGAAAGCGAACAGCCCAGUUUGAGCACACACUUCUUGUUACGGAAGACGGCUGCGAGAUUCUUACGGCGCGGACAGCCGAUUCACCUGGAGGGCCAGUUCCUAUGCCAGAGAAGGUGGCCAAUUGAGAAGAUAAUUGGCACAAUGUACGAUCAAUGUAAAAGCUCUGACGAAGUGAUCUGAUACCAUCAUUAUGUAGCGUAUUGUAUGAUGUGGGCAUCCUAGAAGUUAGCGAUAGGGUACUGGCGUCGUUGUGUGUUGCUGCGGAUGCAAUAAAGUCGCUUUUCUCUGCUACCAGGGUCUGUCGCUGUAGGCAUUGAUGCUGGGUCAUGCAUGAUUUAUGCGUAGCAAAAAAAUGGAGAAACCCAGGUUCGUUCCUCG